CACCAGUGAGACGGGAUGCUGCGCAGCAGAACGAGCCUCAGCCGGCUGCAGCGGUGGAGGCUGACUGAGAAGAGACCAACGUUACACCAAAGCUCCGUCCACCACGACGCACAGCCCCGGCAGUAAGCUCCCUGAAGUGGAAGAAAAGGUUUGGUUUCGCUCGAAGGGGAAAGCGCUGGACACCGAAAGAAAUAAUGUCUAUGAAUUCCUAUUUUUGUACUUGAGGAUGUACUGUUUACGCUGGCUAACCAGAUAGAGCGACAGAGACGAGGACCCAGACUUGAUAUUCUUAAUACCGCUGCCAUUCCGCCGUUUGGGUCGGGAGGGAGAGAUCACUACGGCGGUCACCACAACCAGGAUAACCUGGGAGAGAAGAGCAAAAGAGACGAGGGGGCGACUUUUUUUAUUUUAUUUCCGCACAGCUUUAAUGAAGAAGCACACCUGCUAACAUUCUUGCAGAAGGGACCCUCUUCAACAAGUAUGGGGUCACCAUGGAAACCAUUUCUCCUCCUGUCUGUCAUCAGUAGCCUUUCAGACUUUGCAAGAGCUGUUGCAGCACGGCCUAUAUCAUAUGCAGCCGUGUUACGAAUGAAAGCAGACAGCUCGUCAGUGCUCCACUCGCGCAGCAGACCUCGACAACACCACAGUGGUGGGCUGGUGACUACUGACUGGCCCGCUUUCUCCGGUCAUCCCCUGUCAGCCCUGAGUCUGCUCAGCUCUCAGGAGGACUACAGGAGUGAAGAAAGUGAAGAGUUUGGGCCUGUUUUUAUCCAUGAGCCUGACGAUGUUAUUUCUCCUUUGGAUUCUGAUGAAAAGAAAGUGGUGAUGCACUGUGAAGCACGUGGGAAUCCACCACCCACAUACAGUUGGUACAUCAAUGGGACAGAAGUGGAUACAGAGGCAGACUAUCGCUACAGCUUAAUUGAUGGAAACUUAAUUAUUACCAAUGCAAGUGAGAUCACUGACUAUGGGAAGUACCAGUGUAAAGCAGAGAACAGCUUUGGGACCGUCCUAGGUCGAGAAGCUCUUUUGCAGUUUGCAUAUCUCGGGGCUUUCAGUGGGAAGACCAGAGGCGGCGUUUCCGUGCGUGAAGGCCAAGGUGUGGUUCUCAUGUGUAGUCCUCCUCCUCAUUCACCAGAGAUCAUCUACAGCUGGGUGUUUAAUGAGUUCCCCUCCUUUGUUGCUGAGGACAGUCGGCGCUUCAUCUCCCAGGACACGGGAAACCUGUACAUCUCAAAGGUGCAACCCUCUGACGUAGGAAGCUACAUCUGCCUGGUGAAGAACACGGUGACCAAUGCAAGGGUUCUGAGCCCUCCAACACCCCUAACACUGAAAACCGACGGUGUCAUGGGUGAAUAUGAGCCCAAAAUUGAAGUGCAUUUCCCUACUUCUGUUCUGGCUGCCAAAGGAGUCACUGUCAGGCUGGAGUGCUUUGCUCUGGGGAAUCCAGUGCCAACAAUCACAUGGAGGAAGAUAAAUGGCAACAUCCCCAAAAAAGCAAGACUUCGGAAGUCCCAGGCUGUGCUGGAAAUGCCCAACAUUCAACUGGAGGACUCGGGAACUUACGAAUGCAAAGCUGAGAAUCCAAGAGGAGGCACUGCUUUCAAAGGACACCUACAGGUCUACACCCUCCCUCAGUGGGUCAGAAUGAUUAAUGAUACUCAGAUGGAUAGCGGAGAGAAGCUCCAAUGGGAGUGCAAGGCCAUGGGGAGGCCCCGGCCCACCUAUCACUGGCUUCGUAAUGGUUUGCCCUUGACAUCCCAGGGUCGAGUUGAAAUAGUGAAUGGAGAACUGACCAUUCACAAAGUGCAGCAGACGGACUCAGGAAUGUACCAGUGUGUUGCAGGAAAUAAAUAUGGGACCAUCUACAAUAAUGCUGAACUCAAGAUUUUAGCGUCGGCUCCUGUCUUUGUCCACAAUCCCAUACGGGUCAUUGCCACACUUGGAAAAGAUGUAUCGCUAGAAUGCAAGCCCAGAGCAUCGCCCAAACCCCGGGUAACAUGGAAGAGCGGAGACAGAAGGAUACAGCAAAGUAGAAGGAUUAUGUUGUUACGGAACAAUACUCUGAGAAUUGUUAACUCCAGCCGAGCGGAUGAGGGGACCUAUGUGUGCCGGGCUGAGAAUCAGUUGGGCUCGGCAGAGAUGACGGCCAUACUGUGGGUAAAAGAGGCCAUGCGUGUGGAGCUUAGCCCGAGCAGAGUGGAAGUGACCGUGGGGGAGAGCGUGGUGCUGAGCUGCAAGGCGACACAUGACACAACUCUGGACGUGGCUUUCCAGUGGUUCUUCAACCAGAAACCAAUCAACUUUCAACAGGAUGGCGGCCACUUUGAAUACAUCCAAACACAGUCCUCCACAGUGGAUCUGAUGAUUAGGAGCAUUUUGUUGAAGCAUGCUGGGAAGUAUGGGUGCCGGGCCCAGACCAGUGCUGACACUGUGUUUGCAGAGGCGGAACUUCUGGUUCGAGGUCCUCCUGGACCCCCUGGAGUGGUGAUAGUGGAGGAGAUCACUGAUACCACGGCCACCUUGUCCUGGACCCGUGGCCUGGACAACCACAGCCCUAUCAGCACCUAUAAUUUACAGGCCCGCAGCCCAUUUUCAUUAGGCUGGCAAACUGUCAAAACAGACCCAGACCCAGUGACGGGGGACAUGGAGUCAGCCAUGGCUGUGGAGCUCAACCCCUGGGUGGAGUAUGAGUUCAGGGUGGUGGCCAGUAAUGCCAUCGGGACCGGAGAUCCCAGUGCGCCUUCAAGAGGAGUUAGGACUAAAGAAGCAGUCCCGUCAGUGGCACCAGCCAACGUCAGCGGAGGGAACGGCCGCAGGCAUGAACUGGUCAUCUCGUGGGAGCCUGUAUCCGAGGAGUUCCAAAAUGGUGAAGGCUUUGGGUAUAUCGUUGCAUUUCGUGCCAACGGAACCAGAGGCUGGAAGGAGAAGAUGGUGACUUCAGCGGACUCUACUACGUACAAAUACAGAGACGAGACCUUCCCUCCUCUUACCCCGUUUGAAGUGAAGGUGGGAGUGUACAACAAUAAGGGGGACGGGCCGUUCAGCAAAGUUGUCAUCAUCCACUCCGCGGAGGGGGAGCCGAGGGACGCACCGUCUGAUGUGAAAGCGUACAGCAUUUCUUCAUCAGAAAUUAGGGUCACUUGGAAACCGCCCCAUCCUGGCCCCGGAAGACCAAGAGGAUAUGAGGUCAGCUACUGGAAAGACAUGGAGCAGGAAGAGUCAGGGAAAAAACAAAGAACUGUGAAAAACGAAACGUCAAUGGUGUUGACAGGACUAGAGGGCAACAGUCUGUAUCUCAUCAGUGUAAAAGGCUUCAACAGCAUCGGCCAGGGUCCUGCCACUGCUGCUGUCACAGCCAACACCAGGAAGGCCCCUCCCGCUCAGCCGCCAACCAACCUCAUGUGGAUUCAGGAGGGCAACAACGUGUCUUUAAACUGGGACCCAGUGAAGGCUACAGACAAUGAAUCGGAUGUCAUCGGGUACAUGGUGUUGCUCAAACAGGAGGGCAGAGGCCACAACCAGGUGACCAGAACUAUCAACCCUGCCAGCCCUCAAACUGGGGGGACACAAACAACAAAAAUAGAAGUGCGGCGGGGAGAAGCGAAAAGAGAGGGAGCGAUCAGCUCCCAGGUCCGAGUGGUCACCUCCUCCGGUGUUCGAGCAAAAAGCAACCAGUGCUCAGUGCACUGCCUGCCACAGAGCCUAACAUGGACAGCACUGCUCCUGGUUCUUCUGGUGCCUUCAGCUUCCUGGUGACGCCACUGUGCCAUCCUCAUUUCCAUGGAGGGAGCCACCGGUCUUUCGCUCCCUUAUUCCCUCUGACUGCCUGCCUGCUUUGGCCUUCCCCAUCCCAAAGGGGCCCGAGGCCUGCCAAAGGGGGGUUGAGUCUGCCAGUUAUCAUGCAGCUCUAUAGAGUUCAUCCUUCCCUGUUUUCGUUUGAGGCCCUGGACAUUUGAUUUGCACAGUUCUUUCCAAGAAAGUAGUGUUGUACUGUAGUGUACAUUGUGUGGAAAGAUUUAGUUUCAUCAUUUAAUCACGUGCUCCUCUCAUUGACUGGCAUCUAACCACUUCCAGACGGCUCCUACAGCUCUGGGGCUCUACAGAGCAUGAACAAUUCCUUGAAAGCUGCUGUGGUAGUAAUACAGGGAUCAGCCGGCCUGUUUCUUUUCAUUACUUAUCUGCAUCAAUUUACCCCUUGGCUGCCUAACAAGCAAUGCAGCAGAAGCUCAGUAGAGAUAAGUGCAUUGUUUUCUUAUUCACACAUUGAGGAGAAAAAAAAAGUUUUUUUAUGGAACCAAGAAUCUUACUAUUUCCAGACUUGCUUUUUGUACAUUGUGUUACCUUUAGAGAAAAACACAGUGGUGUGUGUCAGCUAUGUCAAACUCUCUGUUUUUUGGUAGUGAUUAAGCAAUGCUUGGUGAUACAGUUUGUUGACUGUUGGAUGUAUGGAGAUAGGAAACAGGUUCUUACCUGUAGUGCCCGAACACAUCAAUAGACGAAGACAACUCUUGCUGUCAGUACAAAUAAAUGUGAUGUAUAUUUUUUAAA